UCGGGUAAGAAGAGAAUCAUUCAAAUAAAACUCACUCGUUCACUCUCAUCAUCUCGCGUCUCUCUCUCCCAAUCACCAAACCCUAAUUCACUCAGCGCAGCGCCGCCGCAACGCCACCUCGCCGUUGUGAAGUGUAGAGAAGAUGGCAGAAGAAGAAGCCCAAGCUCUCAACACUAUUUCAGAGGUUACACUCAAGAAGAGGAAAAACAACGAAGCGUUGGCUUUGAGGAAAAAGGCACAGUUCCAGUAUAAGAAUUUUCAAAUCAGAAACAACAACGACUCCAUCAAAAAACCUGAGGAUUUCAUUUUUGAAUAUCGCAACCAGGAGCUGGACCUUAUUAGAAUGAAAAGAAGGGUCAAGAGGAAUCCGUCAGAGCUAUUGACCCCAAAUUCCAAGCCCAUAAUAGUCAUUCGGAUACAGGGGAAAAAGGACAUGCAUCCUGUAACCAGAAAGGCCUUGUUCAGCUUAGGGUUGAGGAAAAUAUUCAGUGCUGUUUUUGUGAAGCCAAGUGAGGGGAUAAUGGCCAAGCUGCAGAGAGUUGAACCAUUUGUUACCUACGGAUAUCCAAAUCUUAAAAGCAUAAAGGAGCUACUUUACAAGAAGGGACAUGCGAAAAUAGACAAGCGAAAAGUUCCUUUGACGGAUAAUAAUAUCAUUGAGCAGGAACUAGGCAAGUUUGGUAUUGUGUGCAUGGAAGACAUGGUGCAUGAAAUUGAGAAUACUGGUCCCCACUUCAAGGAAGUCGUCAGAUUUAUGUGGCCCUUUGAUCUCAACAAACCAUCAGAUGGAUUAAAAGGAUCAAAAACCGCAUACAAGGAUGGUGGAGAUGCAGGGAACCGUGAGGAUUCCAUCAACGAGCUAAUCAAUAAGAUGAAUUAAUUGUCCUAUGUAGUAUUCAUGUUUUGAUGUUUAUCAUGUCCCUAAUCCUAGGUGCAUGUUCAGAGUUGUUACUGUAGUUUACCUGAAAAAUUGAAAUAUCUACUUAUCAUUUUGCCUUCA